AUGGCUUUAGAGUGUUCAGAACAUAACGAAUCACAUAAGUUUAUUUGUUAUCAAUAUCAUCCUGAUCAUGAUCAAUGGGAACAUAUCGAUGAUAUCAAACAAUCAUUUAAUAAAGACGAAAAUACUUCAUUCAUCAAUUUACAACUUAAAUCGAUAUGGGAAUCAUUAAAAUCAUCAACAUCAAGAUAUCAAUCAUUAUCAACAACAGAGAAUGAAAUCAAACAAUACUUUGAACAACUACAUCAAUAUCUAAUCAUUGAAGAGCAAAAGCUAAAGAGAGAUAUAAUUAAUGAUAAAGAUACAAUCAUAAAUCAAAUCGAUAAUAAUAUUAAUCAUUUGAAAUAUAUUGUAAAUAUUAUUAAAAUAAAUAACAGUAAAGAUAAUAAUAGAAAUGAUAGUAAUAAUAAUGAUAAUCAGUCAACAGUGAUAGAAGAUACAACAACACAAUAUUCAACAACGACAACAAUAAUGAAAUCUAUUACAUCAAGUUCAUCAUUACAAUCAUUCAUCUUGGAUAAUAAUCAGACAUUGUUCAAUGAUAAUCAUGAUCCAUUCAAUAUUGAUGAACUUAAAAAUCAACAUAAUAAUGAUUCAUCAUUAUUAUUGGAUAUCAUAUACAAAUACAACAAUAAAUUCAAUAAAACUGAUAAUAAUAAUAAUAAUACAUCAUCAAUACAAUCAUCAUUAUAUGAAUUAUCAAUCAAACAACCUGAUCUUAAUCAGUUGGAUUCAAUAAUUAAACAAUCAAUCAAACUUGAUAAAAUUAAACCAUCAGAGAACAAUGAAAUUAAUACAACAACAACAAACAAAGAUCAUAAUAAACAAUCAUAUAUUUCCACAACACACCAAUCAAGAGGAGCAACACUUAUCAACACAACAAACAACGAUCAUAAGAAACAAUCAUAUAUUUUCACAACACACGAAUUAAGAGGAGCAACACUUAUCAGCACAACAAACAACAAUUCAAUCGAGCAAAUCAAACUUGAUUUUGAUUUUAGGUGUACACACCAAUCGAUUGUUUCAAUUGGUGAAUAUAUCUAUGUAUUCGGUGGUCUAAACAAUCCAAACAAAUGGAUGAAGUUCUCAAUUAAAUCGAAAUCAAUUGAAUAUAUUGGUAAUAUCGAAGGAAUAGAUGCUGAUUUUAGUAUAUCAGUUUGUUACGAUGGUAAAGAUCAUAUCUAUUUGGUUAAUGGUCACAAUAUUAAGAAUAGAAUUGAUCGAUUCAACAUCAAGACAAUGCAAUUCGAAAGAUAUCAUCGAUUACCUGGUGAAUACGAUGAACAGGUAUCAACAAUGAUCUUCAAAGGUUCAUUGUAUUCAGUACCAUACAAAGGAAAUAAGAUAAUUCAAUUCGAUUUGACCAAUAGAACAAUAGAAUAUCAUCAAAUUGACAUUUCACUAGACUCAGCAUGUCAUGAUAACAAUGGAAAUUUCUUUAUAUGCGAUGUUAUUAACAAGAUAUUCAUCAAAUACAAUGUUAAAACAAAACAAACAUUCAAUAUCAAAUUAACUCCCACCAAAGAUCCAUUUGGAUAUGCUCUUUUGAUGUAUCAUCGAGAAUCAUCAACAUCAAGUUUUAUCUAUUCAUUUCGUGAUACUUACAAACAUAAGAAUUAUAGACAUUUAUUAAUCUUGAAAAUAGAAAUUAUAUAUAUGCAAAAUAUAUUAAAAAUUGAAGACAACCAAUCCGACCAGAUCCUUGAAGAUGAUAAAUUCGAAAGAUUUUGGUGUCCAGGCACAUCCAUAAAAUGUUAA